AUGGUCUCGUUUGACUCACAUCCUCCUACAGGGGCGCAGUCUCUCCCCCCGCCCGAACUUCCUCGACUCAUCGCCGAACAACAUGUCCCUAUCGCCGCGACCGACAAAGACACAAAGAGACUGAUUGUGGUAUUGUCGAAUGCCUCCCUCGAAACGUACCGAGCUGCACACACCGGAAAAGCCGGAGGGAAAGAGGAGAAGUAUUCGCUCUUGAACAGUGACGAGCAUAUUGGUGUCAUGCGGAAGAUGGGUCGAGAUAUAAGUGAUGCCAGACCCGACAUCACUCACCAGUGCCUUCUUACUCUCCUCGACUCUCCCAUCAACAAGGCCGGUAAACUGCAGAUCUACAUUCACACAGCAAAGGGCGUUUUGAUCGAAGUCAGCCCCACCGUCCGGAUUCCAAGAACGUUCAAGCGAUUUGCCGGUCUCAUGGUCCAACUGCUGCAUAGACUGUCUAUUCGAUCGGUAAAUUCGCAGGAGAAACUGCUCAAGGUCAUCAAGAACCCCAUUACAGACCAUCUGCCACCAAACUGCCGGAAAGUCACUUUGAGUUUCGACGCUGAAGUCGUCCGAGUCCGCGACUACGUCGAUACCCUGGGUCCCAACGAGAGCAUAUGCGUCUUUGUCGGUGCCAUGGCCAAGGGCAAGGAUGACUUUGCCGAUGCGUUCAAGGACGAAUCGAUCAGUAUCAGCAACUACAGCCUCAGCGCAAGUAUUGCUUGCAGCAAGUUCUGCCACGCCUGCGAAGAUGCUUGGAAAAUCAUCUAA